UAAAAGUUGACAUACUAUUGCCUCCUACUCUAAAAAAAAUCCACAGAUGUCACGACGAGUGCCACAUGUGAGAUGUGUCAAGUAUGUGUUGACAACCACAUAACCUAACAUCUAGUCAAUCUUAACAAAAUAUGUAUCUGUGAUAGUGUUAUCAAUGGUAUCAUACAAAAUUUGUGUAACUCUGCAUUUGGACAAUUUUUAAUAGAACAUUCCACAUCUACAAUGAUAUUUACAGUAACAUGUCUUACAACAUGUGUCAAAUUACUUUUAAUUCCGGCCUACCGGUCUACGGACUUCGAAGUACACAGAAAUUGGAUGGCAAUAACACACAGUUUACCUUUAAAAAGAUGGUACUUUGAGGACAGAUCCGAAUGGACAUUAGAUUAUCCCCCUUUAUUCGCAUAUUUUGAAUAUGUUUUGUCUUUCGUAGCGUCGUUAUUUGACAAAAAUAUGCUGGUUGUGGAAAAUUUAAAUUAUGAAUCACAGCAAACUUUACUAUUUCAGAGAUUGUCUGUGAUCAUUACUGAUUUAGUGUAUGCCUAUGGCAGUUAUUUAUGUUGCAAGUCUAUUCAAAAAAGCUGGAGAACAGAUGUUGUUCUUCCGAUUUUAUUAAUUACAAACUGUGGCUUGAUUAUGGUGGAUCACAUCCAUUUCCAGUAUAAUGGAAUUUUGUAUGGAGUGCUUUUAAUUUCAUUAUCUUAUGCUAUGCAGGCAAAAUAUGUACUUGCAGCAUUUUGGUUUUCCGUCCUCUUAAAUAUGAAACAUAUUUAUAUGUAUUUAGCCCCAGCAUAUUUUGUUUUUUUAUUGAGAAAAUAUUGCCUGAAUGGAGUUUCAAUUAAAAACAACAUUAACACGGCACGCUCUAUCAAAAACUUUGCUACUCUAGGUGCUAUUGUAAUUGGUGUAUUUUCAUUCACAUUUUUGCCAUUUUAUGACCAUUUAGGACAGGUAUUGUCAAGAAUGUUUCCAUUUAAAAGAGGCCUGUGCCAUGCAUAUUGGGCACCCAAUUUUUGGGCGAUUUAUAACACUAUUGACAAAAUAUUGCAUUUAUUUUUGCUAAAACUUGGAAUUGUAACGAAAAAAAGUUCAUCUGCUUCUAUGACUGGAGGAUUGGUUCAAGAAUUUUCACAUGAAGUUCUUCCAAGUGUAACACCAAUAGUAACAUUAGUACUGACUGCAUCUAUGAUGUUACCGGCUUUGAUAAAGCUGUGGUCGCUAAACAGGCACCCUUCAGAUUUUUUGAGGUCUAUAGUGUUGUGUGCACUUUCUUCUUUUUUAUUUGGUUGGCAUGUGCACGAAAAAGCUAUAAUAAUGGCAAUCAUUCCUUUGAGUAUCCUUUCAAUAAUGGAUGUUAAUGACGCUAAAACCUUUCUGCUAAUAGGAAUUGUGGGUCACUAUUCUCUAUUUCCCUUACUUUUCCCCAGUUCUUUACUUUUUAUUAAAGUUAUGUUAAUUAUUUUAUAUUCAACAUACGCUCUUCACAGUUUAUCUAAAGUGUAUCCUUUUGCUGCUCACAAUUUCUCACUGCCGUUGUUAAAUAAGGUAGAGAGUGUGUAUAUUUUAGGACUAAGCGCAAUAUUUUUCUAUGAAAAUGUGUUGCACCAUGUGUUAGGCAUUCACAACAAGUUACCAUACUUACCUCUUCUGUUAACUUCUUUAUAUUGUUCUGUGGGAAUUUUAUAUUCAUGGAUUCAGUUUUACGUUAAUUUCAUGAGACGAAGAAACGAUGUAAUAACAAAAUCAAAUAAAAAAGUUAAGUAGU